UUUAUCGUUAAAACGUAUCCAAACAUGUACCGCGCCCCAUGUCCAAUGACCUUGAAGUGACUCGAGUCGAAAAUAACUGACUGAUGUGGGAAUUCAAGGAAAAUAAAUUACGAUGUAUGUAAACGAAUGUGAACGCAGGCAACGCAAGACGCGGUCAGGUGAAACAACCCCUAUUCCUCUUUCCUUUCAUUUACAAUGUACAUGUAUUAUUGCUCCGGGGUGUAUCGACCAAAUAUAUCCCCACCUUCAUCUCCUUCAUCGUAUAGAUGGUUAACACGAUACAGCUGAUCCUCGAUAAACGUAACUGUCGUCGUCGCCUUAGGUCGAGGAGGACAACUAUGGAUCGAACGAGUUCUCACGGUUCCAACUCAUCCGCGGUGGCCAAACAAUUAGAAAAACUACCACCUUUUAAAUUAUGCUUUUCCAAAGAUAGAUUAAUUGGCAAAUCGAACAUACGUGUAUCGAAAAUCAACGGAGAAUCGAUCACACCAAAAUUUUACUCGAAGGAAUACGAAAACAGAGCGAACAAUUUCAACACGAUUGAUACAUUCGAGAAAACUACGGAAGAGCAGGAAAAUAGUGACAACUGUAGUAAACGCCCACCAGUUUUACUUAGCAGCAAUGCGUACGGCUGGUGGCACGAACGAGGAUUACAGCCGCUUCGAUCUCGAUUCGACUUCCAUAGAAAAACGUCCGAUUUAGUCAAUUUCGGGACAAACGUCCGAAACGAGAAACGGAAGAUCGAAAAUUAAGAGAGCCGAAGUAGUGACGUAUGCAUAUA